GGUUUCGGGUGUUUCCUUCGUGCAGGCCCAACUGAUGCAAAUUGGCUGCACCCGCAAUGCAGGCGUGGGGCAGCGAUUCUCUCGCAGUCGUGGGGUCAGAGCAUCCCCUCGCCCCUUUCUGGUUCCUCGCUCAGGCUCUCACCUCGCCACUCUCCGCCGUCCCCAAAUCCAUGACGGGAUGGCCGAAUCCGCCGUCCGUCGUCCUCUGUGCUAGCUCCACCGUCUGCCGUCAAACUCUGCUGCCGACGCUAGCCUUCACAACGGUCGUUGCUCUGCAAGAUCCACACCCCAUCGAUUCGAGAGGGGUGGGUGGGAGCCCGCCGCCAACGGCGCCUUCCCCGCGCCCCUUGCUCUGCCAGAUCUACCGCCCCAUAGAUUGGAGCAGCGCGGAUGGCAGAAUGAGGCCCAUGAGGUUCCAAGUCGCUGGUCCAUCCCAUCCAAAAAGCAGCAGGAACUGCCCGAUGUCUCCCAUGCACCGGAAAAGACUAAACUGCCCUUGUUGUUAUCUACACGUGCUUGGCAUCUAAUCAGCACACUUGAAACAGACGAGAGCGUGCAGCCCGACGAGACUAACGUGCAUGCCGUAUCCAUGUCUUGCGUCAACCUCUGGAUGCCGCCCCCAUCUCCUCGACGCCUCGACACUGAUCUUCUCGCCGCCGCCGAUUUCGUCGAUGCUGCGUGCCGCCGAUCCCCUCGGCGACGCUUUCAUUGUAUCUGUGAUUGUAUUUAUGGAAGGCAAACGCACACUCUCCUCUCACUGCAAUUCUUUUUUUCUAUCUUUACAUACACAAGCAGGUAUACUGUGACGCCCGGAUAAUUAAGCUACAGUAGCCCUCUGCUAA